AUGUUUGCUCCGGGUUUCAGCGCCCAUGCGUCGGUCGAAUCAGGCCAAGCGCACUGCGGCGCGCGCGCAGGUUCAUCCUCCGGGGGCGAGGAGCGGAUUAAUCCGUUCGAUAUGCCCGGGGAAAACUCCCCGCCGUCGAAGAAGGCCCGUCGCGGUUCUCCGGUGUUGCCAGUCGACGCCGAUCUCGACGGGGUUCUACAUGAUCAGGAGGAGGACGACCGACAGCCGAGCCCUCCCCAUCCUUCGACGGGCAAGCGUGUCAUCUGGCGCGUUCCGGAAACCAGCCACACGGGCAGCUGCUGGCAGAUAAUCGACGGGUUCGCGACUCCCGAGGAGUGCCGCGCGCUCGUCGCGGACGCCAAGCAGGGCCUGGCGGACUCCCUGCGCCAACCCCUGCGGAGGUUCGAAGAUCCUCCCCUCGUCGGGGUAAAGUACCGCUCGGCGGACGCGUCCUCACUCGCGUCGGAGGCGCUCGCCGCUCUCUCCGCCAGGGCUGCGAACGUCACCUGCGUCGGGGUGAACAAAGAGAAAGACUCGGUCAUGAUCGCGCACACCUCCGCGCGCGUGACGACGACGACGCGGGCCGCGGUUCUACCAGGCGACGAGAAGGAUGAAAACGCCGAUGUUGGCAAAGAGCCCGGGGCCGCCGAGGGCGACGGGGUCGGUGCGGCGAGGGAGGGGAGCGUGGACUCCGAGGGAUUCCUCCUCCGGGAGGAUCACGCCAAGGACGGCGGCGUCUCUCGAUGGGCGAGGCUCGUGAACGUCCACCACGACCACAACAGGGACGAGCUUCGCGCGUGUACGGUGUUUGUGUACCUCAGCGACGUUGAGCCAAUCACCGGGCCGGCGGACGACGCCGACGGAACGGAACGGCGCAAAACGCCCGGGGGCGGGACGUUCUUUCCGUGCGUCAUGGGAGACGUGGACCCGCGGGAGGGUGACGACUUACGAGCGAGGCUCGCGUUGCACGGCAAGCGGGGGACGAAUGUCAUCUUCCACGACUCGCGCGACGGCGGCGCCGAGGAGGAGGCAUCGGAGGGCGACGCGCUCGUCGCCGAGUUCGGAACGCUCUCCCGGGGCGGCGUCGGCGUCGUCGGCGUCUCGGGCGGCGCGGGCGCGGGUGCGGAAGCGGGCGCGGGCUACGACGACGAGGGGAUGACGGAGACCAUGGCCGAGUGCGAGGCCAGGUACGCGGCUGUUUGCGCGUCGGGGCGGCACCCGCUCAGGGGCGAGUGCCCAGAGUCCAUGCGCGGCACGAUCCUCGAAGGCAACGGCGUCCCGGGGCUGUUAAUUCGCCCGAGAGAGGGACGCGCGGUCGUCUUCUGGCACGGCGAAGAUGCGGGAUCGUGUCCUGAGGCUUGGCACGCCCCCACUUGCGUGGAGGAGGGCUCGAGCGACAAGUGGCUCGUCACCUUUUUUAAGGUGCCGCUCGGGGCCAAGCCGAAGUUGAAGCAGGCCACGGAGGAGACCAUCAUGCCAGGAGGUUUGGAUCCGUACGCGGCGGUGAUGGCAGCGAGUCGGGGAACGCUCGACUCGGUAAAUAUGGUGAACAUUCACGGCACUCAGAUGAUUCAGCCGGUGCGAAAGAACGACGACGCGACGACUGCCGCAGCGAUGGAGAAGAUCGGGCGCAGCCCGGGCGUGGAGGUGGGCAAUUUACCCGGCUCGGAACUCCCGGCUCAGCUCGGCCCCGGCUCGGAACCGGCUAGGGCGCAGGGAAACGCUCUUACCGGCCUGCCCGGUUUAUCCAACAAUGUGCCCGGGAAGUCGUUGAGCCAGUGGAAGCAAAAGUGGUGCUGUCUGGUGGACGACUGCUUCACCCCGCGAAAACAGCCCAGUGAACAGAACAGUCGCAUGCCGCUCACGUGUAAGGAACACUCCGGAGCGCUUGUCGUUCUCUACGGCGGGGUGGCGAGCAGGGAGUGCCAGGCGUGCCGAACGUUUCACCCAAUCACCGCGUUCGACCGCGAUAAUAAGACGUGCGAGACCCGACUGCUGCGCAAGAAGCUUAGGUACAGGGCCAAGACGAUGCAGCGGCGCGGCAGCAUGCAGCCCGAAAAUCUCACUUACCCCGCGGGCGCGCACCCUUACCCGGCGGGAGCGUAUCCUUACCCGGCGGCGGUACCGGGUCACGUCGGCGUGCAGCCCGGCGCUCAGUUCGCUCCGGGCGCCCACCCUCUCCUCAUCCCCGAUGCGAACCAGACGGCCCUCCUCCUCGCGGCGGCGUCGCAACAGCGGAAUCAUCAGCAACAACAGCUGAAUUCUAUGUUGCCCUUUGGCGGCCCGCCGGGCGGUCCGGCCUCAUCAGGUCACCCGGGCGCGACGGGGGCUGGCGCUCAGCCCUCGAUCGAUGCCCUCGGGGCCCUCGGCGCGACCGGUCUCGAUCCUUGGAAUCUGGCCCAGUACGCCGCGCUCGUCCAGGCUGGCGCUGGGUCCGGCUCGGCUUCGGCUUCGGCGCAAGCCCCCGCCGGUUUGACGGGGACCGGCCUCGCCUCCGCGGGGCAGGACCAAACGCAGGCGUACCUCGCGGCGUUGCAGCAGGCGAACUCGCUGAGUGGUCUGGGAGGCGGUCUGGGAGGCGGUCUUGGUGGUCUUGGUGGUCUGGGAGGCUUGGGCGGUCUGGGAGGCUUGGGCGGUCUGGGAGGCUUGGGCGGUCUUGGAGGCUUGGGCGGCCUGGGAGGCCUGGGAGGCCUGGGCGGCCUGGGCGGUCUGGGCGGCCUGGGCGGAGGCUUCGGACUCGGUGGCGUGGGAGGCGGCGUGGGAGGCGGCGUGGGAGGCGGCCUCGGUGGCCUGGGUGCCGUGGGCGGCCUCGGUGGUCUGGGUGCCAUGGGCGGCCUCGGUGGUCUGGGUGGUCUGGGUGGUUUGGGCGACCUGGGCGACAGCGCACAUUUACUCGCACAACUGAGGCAGCAGGUGGGAGACAACGCGACGGCUGCCGCGAGUGCCGCCGCGAUGAACCAGGCGGGCGCUUCGUAUCCUGGCGUCAGCAGCGAGCUCGCCGAGAUCCUCCGGAACGUGGACCCGCAGGCGUUACCGGCGGUCUUGGCCCAGCUGCAACAAGCGACCAGCGGGCUCAACGGAGGAACCGACACCGGCGGUGGCGGACAGUAG